UUAAAAUUUUAAGGAAAACUGACCAACUGAGAAAGUGAGAACUAGAAGUGUGAAAUAGAGAAAGGAGGAAAACAAACAAACAAAGAGUAGUGUAAACGUUAAGUUAGUCAGAGUCAUAGUGCGUGAGAGAAAAACAUGACUUCCCGGAGACGAGCUCCGUCGGCGAACGGCCCUAAAACUCCGGCGAGACAAAUCUUACCUGAUUCUCCGCCGCCGCAACAAUCACCGUUAACGUCGCCGGAAGAACUCAAAAUCACAGUUUCAUCUUCUAAAUGGCUCAAAGUUCUUUCUCUCUCCUCCCUUUUGUUGCUCCCUUACGCUUAUCUUCUCUUUUUUCACCUCAAAAUUGAUGCCGAAAUCAAGCGAUCCAUUCUCAUCAAUGCCGCCCUCAGUUUCGCCGGAUUUCUCUUCACUCUCAGAUUGAUUCCUGUUGCGUCUCGUUAUGUAAUUCGUCGUAAUUUGUUUGGGUUUGAUAUCAACAAGAAGGGAACUCCUCAAGGGAAGAUUAAAGUACCUGAGUCACUGGGUAUAGUUGUCGGGAUUGUCUUUUUGGUCGUGGCGAUAUUGUUUCAACACUUCAACUUCACUUCCGACUCCCUUUGGCUAGUUGAGUAUAACGCAGCUUUGGCAUCCAUUUGUUUCAUGAUUUUGCUUGGAUUUGUUGAUGAUGUUCUUGACGUUCCAUGGAGAGUGAAACUGGUCUUGCCUUUUAUUGCUGCUCUUCCUCUACUAAUGGCUUAUGCUGGCCAUACCACCGUUGUUAUCCCAAAGCCUCUCAUUCCAUAUGUUGGGCUGGAGGUGUUGGAUCUAGGGUGGAUAUAUAAGCUGUACAUGGUCCUUCUGACAGUGUUUUGCACUAAUUCUAUCAAUAUCCAUGCUGGUAUAAAUGGUCUUGAAGUUGGGCAGACUGUUGUCAUUGCUUCUGCUAUUCUGAUCCAUAAUGUUAUGCAAAUUGGGGCAGCCACGGACAAUUCCGAGAAUCAGCAGGCUCAUGCAUUCUCUAUAUAUCUUGUUCAACCUUUGCUCGCUACUUCUUUGGCCUUACUUUCUUACAAUUGGUAUCCAUCUUCAGUGUUUGUCGGGGAUACAUAUACAUACUUUGCAGGAAUGACAAUGGCCGUUGUUGGCAUUCUGGGUCACUACAGUGAAACACUAAUUAUUUUCUUUAUUCCUCAAGUUUUGAAUUUCAUCUUGUCACUUCCUCAGCUUGCCAAAAUUAUUCCUUGUCCCCGGCAUCGUCUCCCAAGUUUUGACCCUCAAACAGGACUGCUAACGGGGACAUGGGAUGGGACACUGGUGAACUUUUCAUUGAAAUUUUGUGGAAGCAUGUCUGAACAAUCACUCUGCAUUUUUCUCCUCGCUCUCCAGGCAAUUGCUUGCGGUUUUUGUUUCUUGCUGCGGUGGUUGCUUGCUGGCUGGUACAAAUAAGAUCUCAACUAGAAAAAGAAAAUCGAUGAGAUAAUUAUCAAAAAAAUUAUUACACAAAUAGUUGGUCCGCUUGUGUAAGUCAUAGUAGGAAAGCCUCUAAAUUAGAGAACAUUGCUAUAAUUUGUGAAGUUAUUUGCAAUUACGAGCAAGGAAAAUGAAAUUUUGUGGUUGAGAUUAUUUUUUUCUGAUUCAACAUGCAAAGGCCGAAGCAUUUCCAGAUUGAGUACAUGAAAUUUAGCAAAGACGAUGAAGUUGUUGCAUCUUCAAUCUCUCCGAAUACUUAAACUGGUAUAGAGAUUUGUAGAUUAGGAUUUAGAUUUGAGAGAUGAGUGUUGCUGUGUAGAUCAGGGUGUUAAAAUUUAUGGAUCACCUAUUUCAUUUA